AUGGCCUCGGUGGGAGCUGAUAUCCUCAAGGUAGCUUCUCACGUCUCACUUCCAAAGUCUAGGACUUGGGACGAAGGCCUUUCUACCAACUUCUCAACUACACCACUCAAAGAAAUCUUCAAAGGCAAGAAGGUUGUGAUCUUUGGGCUCCCAGGAGCCUUCACUGGUGUUUGCUCGAAGGCCCAUGUUCCAAGUUACAAGAACAACAUAGAUAAGUUUAAAGCCAAAGGUGUUGAUUCAGUGAUAUGUGUCUCUGUUAAUGAUCCUUAUGUCAUGAAUGGAUGGGCUGAGCAUCUAGGAGCCAAAGAUGCUAUAGAGUUCUAUGGUGAUUUUGAUGGUAGCUUUCAUAAGAGUUUGGGGUUGGAGAAGGAUCUUACAGAAGCUCUGCUUGGGCUUCGUUCACAGAGGUGGUCUGGUUAUGUGGUUGAUGGGAAGUUUCAAGUUCUGAACGUGGAGAAGGACCCGAAUGAUUUCAAGGUCUCUGGUGGGGACGUGAUUUCAGACCAGAUUUGAUCAUGGAAUUCGGGUCAGGUUGGGUUGGGUUGGAUAUCCACACUUAAGGUUUUUGAUUCUUGUAAUAGAUGUCUCUUGACUAGCUGCAGUAGAGAAUGUCUGUCUUGAAUGGAGUACUAAUUUCUACCCAAAAAAAAAAAGUACGGGUUCUUAGGUGGUGUGGCUGUAGUUUGACCAUGCUUCGUCAGAAGCUAUGUUUCAAAACUUUAAAGUACAUGUUGUCCACUCUUUUUCUUUACCCCC